GACUUUUUUGCCAUGCCACGAAAUUCUAUAGUACAAUUACAGCAACCAGCGACUCGAGGAGUAGGAGAGACGACUGCGAAGUGCGAACAGAAGUUCAGCGGCGCCCAACAGCAUUCGUUCCUACUUCCAAAUGAGGCUGUUAACUCACAAUAUGCUAUCAUCCAACAUCAAGGGAGUCGCAAAUGGAUUUCCGCUGAAGAUCGAAGUUGAGAAAGUGGUAGCGAAGGAGGUCGAUUUCAACAUCGACUUCCUCAAGAACAUGUUUCAUAAAGUUGAAUGGAAGGCACUGGCGGAAGCUUCUAGAACCAUGGGCUAUGCCGAGCUGCCUGAGAAAGCUGAUGCGGCUAUACUCGAGUCCGAUGAUUUUCUUCAUAAGUUCCACCAUGCCCUACUUGAGCUUCAUCUGGAAGAGGGUGCCUUGGUUUGUCCCGAGACUGGCCGCAAAUUUCCUGUCACUAAAGGCAUUCCUAAUAUGCUCCUUCAUGAAGAUGAGGUUUGAUUUUUAUUUCUCUUUUUGGGUAUUGAUGUGUUUUGCUUUGGAAAUGGGGGCUAGGGUUUUUGAUAUUAGGGUUUAAGGAGUUGGUUCGAACCAUUUUGAUUGUAAUGUGAUAGCCUUGUCGAUAUUAUGGAGUGAUUAUCAGAACUUCUUUGUUCGGAAAUUAUUGAACGUUCAGUUUCCUAUC